UCUAAAAUUUCAUCAUUUUUUGAGAAGUGCGAUUUUUUAGUUCUAAAACACAUCUAAGCUAAUAAAAAAUAUUUAACUAUAUGAAUUCUCUCUCUCUAUCCCUGUAGAUUCCUUGACCGAUUCGGUCUGCAGAAUGGGCUACUUUCCAUGUGGAAACCUUACUGUAUGCCUUCCACGUGCAUUUCACUGUGACGGUGUAAAAGACUGUGAGAAUGGGGCUGAUGAAGAAUAUUGUGGAGACAACAAUGGAUGGGCAAAUAUGUUUGAUGAAGAACAUGGGAAAGCAAAUGAGGUCACAGAGCCCCAAGAAUGUUGUCUCUCCCAGUUCCCAGAGAUUUGUGAGUGCAAAGACACAGAGCUGGAGUGUGCAGAGGCCAAUUUACAAGCAGUACCACACGUGUCAAGCAAUGUAACUCUUUUAUCAUUAAAAGGAAACAGGAUACAUAGACUGCCAGAUAAUGCUUUCCUGGGGUUCAAAGAUUUAGCAAAACUAUUCCUUCAACACAACUGCUUGAGUAAUAUAUCACAGAAAGCUUUCUUUGGUUUAUAUCAUCUUCAGAAACUAUAUCUCAGCAACAACUGUAUAAGGUACCUACCGCAAGGGGUCUUUAGCCACUUGAAUGAAUUAAGAUGGCUAAUCUUGGAUGAAAACCCCAUAGUAAAAGUUAGCCAGGAGCUCUUCACUGGGCUACAGUCAUUGUUUUUCUUGUCAAUGAUAAACAACUCACUGGAAGUUCUUCCGGAAAAGCUUUGUACCCAGAUGCCAUUCAUUAAUUGGAUGGAUUUUGAAGGAAAUAAUAUCAGAGGACUGAGUAAUUCCAGUUUUGUAACCUGUGAUGAGCUUACUGUUCUGUUCUUACGUGGGAACCGGAUCAGCUUAGUGACAGAAAACAUAUUUUCAUCUUUAAGAAGUUUAGCAGAAAUAGACUUGUCCAAUAAUUUAAUCACAGAAGUGCCACUCUCCAGCUUUAAGGAGCUUAAGCAUUUACAAAAACUCAAUCUCAGUUGUAAUCCAUUAUCACUUCAUACUGAGCAGUUUGAAACAUUACCACAUAUUCAGUCACUAGCUCUGGAAAAAAUCGAAAUUCCGAAUAUAAGCACAAGAAUGUUCCAGCCAAUAAAGAAUCUCACUCACAUAUAUUUUGAAAAAUUUAGAUAUUGUUCUUAUGCACCUCACGUGCGGGUAUGUACACCACUUACAGAUGGUAUCUCAUCAUUUGAAAACCUCCUGGCCAACACCAUCCUCCGGGUCUUUGUCUGGGUGAUAGCCUGCAUUACCUGCUUCGGGAACAUCUUUGUCAUUGGAAUGCGAUCCUUUAUUCAAUCAGAAAACAAAACUCACACUAUGUCCAUAAAGAUCUUGUGCUGUGCUGACUGUCUGAUGGGCGUCUAUCUGUUUUUUAUUGGAGUGUUUGAUGUUAAGUACCGGGGUCAGUAUAAAAAGCAUGCCUUGCUAUGGAUGGAAAGCCUACAAUGCAGAAGCCUUGGAUUUCUUGCCAUGCUGUCCACAGAAGUAUCGGUUCUGCUUCUGACCUAUUUGACUUUGGAGAAGUACCUAGCUAUUGUAUUUCCAUUCAGCAACAUUCGUCCAGGCCGACGGCAGACACUUGUAAUUUUGAUGGCGAUAUGGGUCAUUGGAUUUAUAAUUGCUGUAGUUCCAUUUUGGAAUGAAGACUUUUUUGGAAACUACUACGGAAAAAAUGGGGUUUGUUUCCCUUUGUAUCCGGAUCAAACAGAAGAGCCUGGAGGCAAGGGAUAUUCUUUGGGAAUAUUUCUAGGUGUUAACCUGGUCGCCUUUAUUAUUAUAGUCUUCUCCUAUGUCAGCAUGUUCUGUUCCAUACAGAAGACAGCUCUGCAGACCUCAGAAAUAAGGAGCCACAUUCACAUGGAUGUCGCCGUUGCCAACAGAUUUUUCUUCAUAGUGUUUUCAGAUGCCGUGUGUUGGAUUCCGGUGUUUCUUCUGAAGAUUCUUUCCUUGUUCCAUGUCGAUAUCCCAGGCACUGUAACCUCUUGGAUCGUGAUAUUCAUUUUGCCGAUUAACAGUGCGCUGAACCCCAUCCUUUACACAUUAACUACAAGCUUCUUCAAAGAGAAACUUAAACAGCUGCUACAUAGACAGCGCAGGAGAUCCAUAUUUAGGAAUGACCGGAAGAGUUUGUCCACAUCACUGGUAUGGAAUGAGGAUCCCAAUGUCCAGCAUUCCAAUCUUAAACUUGGCUUUCUCCGUAAAAUGUCUUCUGGCGAAACUGUUGUUAAGACGACAUGAUAUACAGAGAAGCUUAACUGGAUAAUGUCUCAACUUAUCACACCUACCUGCAUCUUUGUACGAGGGAAAAACUAAAAAUAUGAAUGUUUCGGAAAACAUUAACAUAUCCACCCACAACUCUUUUUCAGACGGGGAUGGAAAACAACUGUGAUCAAAUUGCCUUUACCUGUCCAGAUAAGCAUUGUCUUUACUGGAACCAUUUUGCUACUAUUAUUUUAAACUACCAAUGAAGCUAGUGUGCUUUCUUCCAUAUUGGGCUUUUGUACAUUUUUUUUUAUUAUUUCCAUCCAGCUUGGCCUCUUUUCUUAUAAUAUUGGAGGAUUUUGAAAUGCAGUCUCUAAAGACUCAAUAAUGUACAAUAUAAUGACUCUAUACUCUCCUUAUAGGAGAACAUAAUUAUUCCUGUUAAACAACUGCUUAUUUAUAUAUAGAACUAUUUCUAUAUUCCAUUGUUACAUUUUGUUAAGAAUAAGAAAUGCAGUUUUCUAUAAAACAUGGGACAACUAUGUGCAGUAUAAGCUAAAUGGACAAUGUUAAAUCAAAGGACAUCUAUGGUAUUUCUGCACAUUGUUUUAUAUAGCCAGGCACAAAAUCUCAGGAGAACAUUAGUGGUCUGUAAAAAACUCCAUAUGACCAGCAGGCAUAUCACCAUGUAUGCUUUAUAUGAAUGUGAGUAUAUAAAAUACAUACCAGGGCAGUAAUAAAGGCAGCCAUUCACCAAUAGGCCUUUGUAACAAUA